GAUAUGGUUGGGAUAUUGCAUCAGCGUUACCCGACACACAAGAUGAUUGGAUGAAAGGAAAGGAUUUAUUAAUUGAAAAAGCUAAAACACUUGUAGAAAUAAAAAAAGUAAAACAACAAAAAAUAUAUGAGUCAGCGAAAACGAAUAAUGUGGCGUAUGGAGAGAAUAAAUAUUAUGAUUCCAAUAAGUUUUUUCAUUCCAACUACAGAAACAAAAACAAAAUCUCGAACUCCAGUAAGUGUUAUAUCUGUGAGGAAUAUGGGCAUUAUGCGAAUGAAUACCCAUCAGAUUCAAACAAAGACAAUUACAAGCAAAGAGCAUAUUAUUCAACAGCAUAUAACAUAUUGGAAAACGAAAAUACAGGCAUCAAAAUUAGUAAUAGAUUGGUUGGAGCAUGGCAUAUCUUUAUUUUCCAGGGGAUUAAUAACGCUAAUGAAUUAAGCAAAUCCACUUCAUUAUCCAUUAACCGAGGAACAAAAUACCUGGUUAGAAAUGGAAAUAGAAAGGCUAAGCAAAACACAGGCAAUUACAUUAGUAUCCAGUUUCCACAAGCAUCCAAAAAUAUUGCUGGAAAUCAGUCCAAUAUUCUUAAUUCCAAAAAAAAGAUGCAAAAAAUGGAGAUUAGUAAUCGACUUGAGAUGACUAAAUGCUACACUACCAGAAAAGACAUUCAAAUUCGAGGGAUUUGA